CUCUCUUCUCACUCAAUUCGGCCCUUAAGAUUUCAAAGUCAGCUCCUUUGAUUCAGAUCUAGGGUUUCUGAAAAUCUUUACCAAAUCGAAGCUAGUUCUUAAACCGUGUAAAUGUAGAUUUCGUUCAAAUCCCAGAGCUUGAUUUUGAUGCUUUACCCAAAGAUGGAUCCGACCUGGUUUGAACCGUCGGUAAGAAUUCCGAGAAGGGUCUGGUUAGGGUUUCAAAAAUCAAUGGGAGUCCUCGUGGGUGGAAAUCACACUUCGUCCAGAGUGAGAUAGCAAAAAAAAAAAAAAAAGGGGGAAAUCACGAUGGAUUUGAAGCCCCUGAAAUUUCCGAUCUUUCAUGGACCUAUAGCGAGGCGUGUGCUUUUCCGAUCUUUCUUAUUCGCCUCUGCUCUCUCCAUAAUCCCUUUGGUGCAGAUUUUAUCCGGGCCGUACUUGAAAAUGCUCGCACCCAUUACCUCCGGUGACUGCUCCGUUCAUCUGAGAGAGUCAACUGCCAACUUCACUCCAAGUUGGUAUGUGUUUCAGGGUCGCCAUCUGAACCCCAUUUGGAGUUCCAUUGAACCUACGCAAUGCAAGGAAUAUAUGAAUUUGACCGUUAAUGUGGUCAGAGAGCUAAGGAGUAAGCAACUGUUGAGCAAUGGUGGAAAAGCUCUCUGCAUUGGUGAAGGGUCGACUUUGGCCGUGAAGGCAUUGCAAGAUUUGGGAUUCUCUGAUGCCUAUAAUGUUGAUGAACAUCGAUUUUUCUCGCUUAAGCGCAGGCAGUUUGUAUACAAGAUCGAUUACGAGGAAAAAUCAUUUGAUUUCGUCUACUCUAGAGAUCUAGACAUGGUUUCCGCCCCUGCUCUUCUUGUGCUCGAGAUCGAGCGCGUUCUUAAGCCUGGUGGACUUGGAGCUGUGCUUGUUAGUAAUGGCGGUGGUUUGACACCAAAUAGCGUGAUCAGAUCGGCUACCCCUAUAUCUUCGGUACUGAAAACUUCCAGCAUUGUGCACGCCAUUCGAUUAAGUAACCUCACUCUCAUUGUAUUCAAGAAAAGAAUGGAAAAUGCUGGUUACUUUGAGCAAUACCGCCUUCCAGCAGACUGCCCGUCUCUCACGAACAAUAGACCUUUCAUAGAGCAAAUGGAGCCUCUUGUUAAGGAGAAGCCGAUAAAUUCUGAGAUAAACUUCUCUUAUCUGCCAAAAUUUGUGGAUCUCUCCACAAAGAAACGGUUGGUUUAUGUCGAUAUUGGAGCAGGGAAGCAUCUGAACUCGAAUGUGACAAAUUGGUUCCCUCCUUCCUAUCCUGUCGAAAGCAACGCAUUCAAUGUUUAUUUUGUUGAUCACAACACUUCGGUCUUGAUGUCCUAUGUUAAGAAGCCCGGCAUCACCUUUGUUUAUCAUCCUGGUCUAUCUGGAGCCAACCUGAACGUUAGUGUAGAUGCGGAUUUGGAACCGUAUUUGGGAGAUACAGGUUUUGAUUUUCUAGCUUGGUUUAAGGAAACAUUGCAAUAUGCAGAUUUUGUGGUGGUGAAGAUGAAUGCAGGGAAAGUAGAACUGAAAUUCCUCUCUGAGUUAUUCGAAAGCGGAGCCAUUUGCUAUGUUGACGAGCUGUUUCUCCACUGCCCGGGUUUUGUAGAUGGUGAAGGUGCAAAGUCCAUGGAUUGUAUGGACCUGUUCAGAGACCUUCGCGACAGUGGUGUGUUUGUCCAUCAAUGGGGUGGUGGUGACUAUAGUUCCACUUCCACUGGUGUUUGGUGAACAGCAGGGUUGGUUUUGUGUUUGUUUGUUUGUUUAAGUUGGUUUGUCUUGGAUGUGAUGAACAUCUAAGUUGCUUUUUGGUUGGGCACUCUAUCUUAAAUAAGCAACCAUUUUGAUGUCUGUGCUGUGGUGUCGUGUACUUGUGUGAUGUUGUUCGAGAUGCUUUGUAGUUGGGCAUUUUGAACUAAAUAAUACCAAGCUCACUUAUGAGUUUGUUAAUAAUAUAUAUUAUCUACGGUGCUUGUGUUA